GUUCGGGUCGCGGGGCACUCGCCGGAAGGGGGACCCUCCUGCAGCGGCGGGAGCGCGGCCGGGCUGCUCACCAGCACUGCGGGGCUGCCGGUUGUGCGACGCGUGCACCUGGCGAACGAUGACGCCGGGCGCGAGCGCCCCGGGGUAGCGUGGGCGGUGCUGCGGGGCUCGGCCCGGGCGGCUAUGGGGCUCCUUUGGCUGCCGGUCCUGGCGGUGCUGGCGUCGGAAGUAAGGGUGGCUGGUGGAGCCGAGACCUUCCGGAACUCCACCGAGGGUCUUCUUGAAUUUUCUUUGGGGAAAUUUAGAUACUUCAAGCUCGCCCGGGCCUUUCCAGAGGAAGCUAUUUUGCGUCAUAUUUCCAGCAAUGUGACUUUUCUUAUUUUCCAAAUACACUCACAGUAUCAGAAUACAACAGUUUCUUUUUUUAAGACCCCCCUUCUCAAUGCCUCAGCGACGGGCACCGACAGAGGCCUGGUUUUCAUUCUUCAGCCAGAGCAGAACAUGAGCACUUGGUUCUUGGAGACUACGAAUGCUGAGCCUGUCCUAAACGUGGCCAUUAUGCUCUCCUACUCAGAAAGAGAUCCUAUCCCCGGAGGCUGUAAUUUGGAGUUUGACUUAGAUAUUGAUCCCAACAUUUACUUGGAGUAUGAUUUCUUUGAAACAACCAUCAAAUUUGCCCCAGCGAACCUAGGCUAUGCAAGAGGCACAGAUCCUCCAUCAUGUGACCUUGGGACAGGACAAGAUUCUAGGUGGAGGCUGCAGUAUGAUGUCUAUCAGUAUUUUCUUCCUGAGAAUGACCUUGCUGAAGAGGACUUCCUAAAUCAUCUGCAGAGAAUGACUGAGGUACCUCAGGUGAAGGCCAAUGCUAUCAAGGUGGUUACUCUAACAGCUAAUGACAAGACAAGUGUUUCCUUUUCCUCCCUCCGUGGACAAGAUGUCAUUUAUAAUGUCAUUGUUUGGGACCCACUUCUAAAUACAUCUGCUGCUUAUGUUCCUGCUCACACAUAUGCUUGCAGCUUUGAUGCAGUGGAGGAUAAUUGUUCUUCCCUUGGAAGAGUAUCUACCAAAGUGUUCUUCACUCUGCUUGCCCUGCUUGGUCUCUUCAUUUGUUUCUUUGGGCACAGAUUCUGGAAAACAGAAUUAUUCUUCAUAGGCUUUAUCUUCGUGGGAUUCUUCUUUUAUAUACUGAUUGCAAGACUGACAGCUCUUAAGUAUGAUGUCCGUCUGAUUCUGACCGCCAUUGCUGGAAGCGUCGGUGGGAUCGUCCUGGUGGCUGCUUGGUGGCGAUUUGGAGUCCUCACGCUCUGCAUGCUGUGUGUGGGCCUGGUGCUGGGGUUCCUCGUCUCGGCUGUGACUUUCUUCACUCCACUGGGAGACCUGAAGGUUUUUCGGGAUGAUGUCGUGUUCUGGGUGACCUUCUCUUGUAUAGCAAUUUUCAUUCCAGUGGUUUUCAUGUGCUGCCUAAGAAUACUGAACAUCCUGACUUGCGGAUUCACCGGCGCCUAUUCAGUGGUCUUGGCUGUUGACAGUUACGUAUACACAGGCCUUUCUUACAUCACUUUGAACGUACUCAAGAGAGCCCUCAACUCGGAUUUCCGCAGAGCUUUCACGUAUGAGCCUUUCCAAACUAAUGACUUUAUUAUCCUGGCUGUGUGGGGGAUGCUGGCUGUAAGUGGAAUUACAUUACAGAUUCGAAGAGAAAGAGGGCGACCGUCUUUCCCCCCCCACCCAUACAAGUUAUGGAAGCGAGAGAAGGAACGCAGAGUGACGAACAUUCUGGAUCCUAGCCACCACGUCCCUCCAUUGAGAGAGAGGCUCGGUGGCCGAUUAGCCCAGAUCAAAGAGCUCUUUCAGAAGGAACAGCCAACUGGAGAGAGAACUCCCCUGCUUCUCUAGAUGCUAGAGGGCUUGGUCAGUGUGAUCUUGACGUACAGCCCAGGCUCGGCUUCAGCUGUGCUGCGUAUGCCCAGCCUGCUUCAGCCAUCGCCUGAGCAAGUCUGAUAAGAAAAGAGCUUCUGUAUCUGUGCAUUGCAUGGUAUCCUGGUGUCUUAUUGAUACAUGGUAAGCGUGUGGCAGGGAGAUUAUGGUAAUUCUAAGUAAGAGAGAGAAAGGUGACCAAAAAGUUAGUGGUAGGGAAGUUUUCCUUAUUUUUAAACCUUUUGGUUUAUAAAUAUAUGAUCAACUUAUUCCAUUAAAGAUACACUAAAAAAAAAAAAAGAUUAAAAAAAGAGUGAUUCUCCUGUAAGCCCUGGUGUUUCUCUAUAAGCCCAUGAACCGUCCUAUCACCUGAGUCUGUCUAAACUUAUGGGGGUUGGGGGGGCACAGAAGGGGGGUUUAUUUAAGAGUUAGACUUCAUUUGGCACUGUGUUCAGAGGUUUAGAGAUUUGAUAUUGGGCCUUUGAACAUCAGAAUACUAAAGAAGAGUUAACUUAUUUUUUACUAAAAGCGGUCAGAUUUACUUAGCUGCAUCUUUCUAAGUAUUAUAUAUUAUCAGGAGGUACCUUUCUUCUUUUAUUCCAUUGUGGGAAAAUAUACAUUUCCCAUAUCAAUCAUUUUUAAGCAUGUUAUUCAGGAGGUACCCUUUGUUUUAUACUUUUAUUGCUUAAAAUGGUAAUUUAAAUAGUUAAAUCAUUUCAGUCACUUGAAAAUAGAUCAUUUAUACAGAUGAUAGAACUAUUAUAUGGAUGACAUUUCCAAAUAAUGGCCUGUGUUUUCUAUCAGGGCCUUUUAAAAUCACGUUGACGGCUGAUCUUGAAUUUAAACUGCAUUAGAUGACAUGAAUUGUUUUGUUUCUGGAAAUAAAUUGGCUCCUAUCUUAAUC